AUGCGAAUACCUCCAUCUAUUCCAGAUCUAUCUGGGAUAGAAGAUAGUAUAUGGUAUAACUACCCCCUCCACUGGUCCGUCGCCGCUGGUGAUCUUAACAAACUACAAGACCUUAAGACUUCAAGUCCAGAAGAUAUCGACAAAUCCGAUGGUCAUUGUGGCACGGCACUCCAUAUUGCAAUAUAUCUCGACAACUUGGUGGCAGUCGAUAUCUUACUUAACGCUGGCGCCAACCCUCUCAGACGCCCUCAUUUUGUUCAGCAAGAAUUCAACACAACGCCUAUACGGGUAGCCGCACGUCUGGAUCAUCAAAAUAUCCUCCAUCAUCUUUGGCAACAUAUCAACCCUAAUAGCGAUACCUUUGAUACACAAGAGCUCGAUGGUUGUCUGUGUGAUGCAGCAGAGUAUGGCCACGUUGCUACAAUAUCUGAUCUAUUGAAUUGGGGGCACGAUGGUUGGUCUUUGGAAUCUAAAGGCCGUGCCUUGAUUGCAUCAGCGAACAACUGGAGAUAUGGCAAUAUUGAAUUUCUUCUGUCUCAAUGCCCUUUUAAGCAGGAAUUGCUUAACCUCGCAUUGGCCCAAGUAAUAGUUGCUAGGUCAUACUUUGAUCGUCGAGAUCAUACAGAAUCUGAACUUGUGGCACAGACACAAUCAAUCAAAGUGUUGAUGGACGCUGGAGCCGACCCCAAGAACCCCAGAGCUAGCCGGAUAAGUAUCCAUGGACCUCUCGUUAUAUGGACUGCUCUCCAUAAGCAACUCUAUAGCUGCCUGGAAGCAUUUCUCAAUUACGGUGCUGAUCCCAACAUGGUCAACAGUCAAGGCCAGACUGCGUUGCAUUCUUUAGGGGCACACAAGCGAAAGGAACCCAAGGUCAAGUAUAUCUUUCUAGUGGAGGAGCCAAGUGAGGAUGUGUUCCGUCUACUUCUCCGUUUCAACGCUUCUAUUAACUACAAAGACAUAUAUGGGAACACUCCUCUACAAUGUGCUGCAUAUGCAUCUCCUCUAGACACUUUUCACAUCCUACUCUCAAACUUGCCAACCGGAUCGCAGAGAGAAUCCACCCUAAGAUCAAGAAACCACAAAGAGGAGACGCUAUUGCCUUUUGCAUCUGCUGGGGCCCAGGUCGAUAUUGUAAAGUAUCUACUAUCUGAUGGCGUCGGCCUUUGCGUGAAUGAAACUGCAUCAAGGGGAUGGACGCCGUUCCUAAGCGCACUAGCACCUACAUCUCCAAAUAUCGCAGGGUUAUCUAGAAAGAUAGAGACAGCCCGGCUACUUCUGUCUUGCGGCGCUAAUCCUGUUGUUAUUACAUAUAAUGGCUGGACGCCGUUGCAUUGCCUUGCCAUGCAUCCUUGCGGUAAUGGCACCGACGAAGAAGCACGGCUUAUCCAGAAGCUGAUAUCAAAGGGUAGCCUCGUUGAUGACCGGGCUUCGUUUGCAUUUGAUGAUUUAUUGAAUCGCUCAAGGAGACAAGGCGGUAGACAAGACAUAUACUGCAGCUGUCGAGAAUUGCAAUACCUUGAAGACCCUGUGGCUUAG